AUGGUCUGUGAAUAUUGCAAUGUAGCUAAAGCAGUUAUUCUGAGAUCAAAAAGCAGAAAGAAAGUGUGCAAAGAAUGUUUUUAUGAGCAGUUUGAAAAUGAAAUACACCAGUUGGUGGUUGAGAGUGCUAUGUUUGAGAAGAAUUCGCGUGUUGGGAUUGGAAUAAGUGGUGGAAAAGAUAGCACAGUUCUAGCUUAUGUUUUGAACAAACUGAAUAUCAAAUACAACUAUGGGCUUGAUCUGGUUUUACUGUGUGUUGAUGAAGGAAUAAGUGGAUAUAGGGACAAAUCAAUAGAAACGGUUUUGGAAAAUCAAAAAAUUUUAAAUAUGAAAUUGGAGACAGUAAGCUACAAGGAAAUGUUUGGAAUGACUAUGGACGAAGUGGUCCAAAAGACUGGGAGGAAAGGAAAUUGCACAUACUGUGGGGUAUUUCGGAGACAGGCCCUUGAAGAGGCUGCCAGAAGAUUAAAGGUAGACUGUAUUGUGACUGGACAUAAUGCUGAUGAUAUGGCAGAGACUGUACUUCUGAAUUUCUAUAGAGGAGAUAUUUCGAGAUUGAAAAGAUGCGCAUUGAGUAAAACUAAAGAGCAUAUUAGUGAUGAAAAUACAAAGAAGCACCUUUCAUUGGCGAGAUGCAAGCCCUUCAAGUAUACAUAUCAAAGAGAAAUAGUUUUCUAUGCUUAUUUCAAGAAAUUGCCUUAUUUUACAACUGAGUGCACAUAUGCGUCGGGAGCCUCAAGAGGAGACUUCAGAGAGCUGGUUAAGGAUCUCGAAAGAAUAGAUCCAACAAUUAUAAUUAAUAUUAUUAAAAGUGGCGAGAUGUUCUUAGAGGACACACCUACAAAUUUAAUUAUCAAAAAAUGUUUAAGGUGUAAAAACCCAACGUCAUCUGCUGAUCAAAUAUGCAAUGCCUGUUCGAUGGUUGAAAAACUGAGUAGAAUAGUCAAAGAGUGUUGUAAGGAGUGA